AUGCGCGACGGCGACUGCCGUGAGGCGCAGCCACUGGCUCCGCCGGUGGUGGAAGACGCAUCCGCCGCGGUCAUCGCAGAUGCGGUCCAUGCGAGUCGCCACGACUUCUCUUGCUCUCCAUCGGAGGCGACAGAAAAGUCGACGCUUGCAUUCUCGCCGCCGACGCAGGAGCGCACACCGCUGCCGAUGCCUGCCGCACGCCUCUUUACUUCGCGGCCCACCCUGAGCGCGUCGCCACUCAUCGCUGGCACACGACCGCCGCGCUGGCAGAGCACCUCGCCGCUGCGCUCUUGCGGAAGCCCCGUUGUGACCUUCGCGCCGUCGACCCGCUUUGAUGAGUGCCGCCAGCGCACCAAUGUGGCGGUACGGCGAUCUGAUGACGUGCCGCACUUCGCACUGCCGGUCCCCUUUCUGGAGUUGCCGUUGUCGUCCACGUGGGCCUCAUCAGGGCAGAUGACGGACUCCGCGUUGCUGGCCAUUGGACUAGAGCAGCCCCGCGUCCUCGCCGGCAGCCCACCCACGCUCUCGUCACGGAGGCCCCCUUUGUUUACGCAGAGCGGGGGCCUCAGGGACUUUACGGUUGAUGACCUCAGCGACACCGCGUCCUCCGCUGGCUCUGCGUGCUCUACGAAUUCGUCAUCGAUGACGCUCCUCGACAGCGACAUCCCUGCCGUGCGGCCGCGCACUCCACCCUCGCUGGCGCUUCAAUGCUCAAUCCCCAGCGUGGCUCUGCUAGUUCCAUCGGACCGCCAGCACUCGACUUUUCCCUCAGUGACGGAUGAGACCGACAACUCAGCGGUCGCCGCCGUUGGCGCUGGUGCGAAUAGAACUCCGCCGUCGCUCGCGAACACUAGCGACAUGCCCUUCAGCCUGCUCGAGUCAGAGAAGUUGGCGCGCGCAACAGCCCAUCUCCUGACGGAGGCCGUUGACUCGAUCCGCGAGCCGAGUCACGUGACCAGCGCGAACACAGAGAGAGUGAACGUUGCUCUCGCUCAAUGCCGCAAAACGGCGCCAGCGGCGCGGCUGAUGGGCAAGUCGUGCCCGACGAGUAUGAAGAUACCACCCCCACCGCUUCUCGAGCGCCUCUCGCUGUCGUCGACCCCCGAGGUGACGCCGUCUACAGCGCCACUGCUGCAGGAGCCGUCGCCGCCGAUGAACUCUGCUGAGCUGGCGAACUCGCGAAUGGUGCUGCGGGUGCCUGAUACACCCGGCAAACAACUGCGCGCCGCCCCUUUCGAUCUCGUCUGCCCCGGCAACAAUGUGAAGUUGCUGGUGAACGCCGCAGCGGAGGUGACGACCCUGUGGCAACAGAAGUCCUCGUCCACCGCCAUUCUUGUACUCUCGCGAUGGGGUGGCGAAGACAUCAAUGAGUCCCCCCACCCUACCGGUUUUCCGGCCGACAAGGCAGUAGCGGCAAUGUUCACUGCGAGAAUCGAUGAGGCAUCUUGUGACAGCAUCCCCGGCGCCGGGGCCAUCGAUGCGCAGCCAUCGAAGGCCAUCACGCCGCCGCACACGUCCUUCGUGGCUGCUUUCAGUAGCGGCAGUAGGGACACUAAUGACAGCUGUGAAGGCACAGUGGGGAACUCCUGCAUCUCCUCCGCCGGCACUGAGAAGGUCAGCGAAGACGGCGCAGCGGUGACCACCCAUCCACCACCGCAUCCUCCGCCACGCCCUGCUGAGCUCUGCUCCCCUCAUAACCAGGAGCGAUGUGCCAUCGACUCUGCCGCCGCGUGCACGACGUGGCGGCGGCCACCGAGUCCGGUGCCCACACCUUCGAGUCCGCGUCUUCAACACCCGCUGAAGUCCUCUCCAGGCUUGGCCACGUGUCUCCUGGCCAUGGCCUGCGAGACGGGACGAUCCCCGUCCUCGUCCGACGAGUCGCAUGCGGAAAAGGGCCGCGGGACUCAUGAGAGGUCCUCGAAACUACAACUGCCCAUGAGCGCUGCGAGAGAGGCUCCACGGCGCAGCUGUGAAGGACCUGCUAUUGCUUCUGUCGCCAUGACCAGCGGCAUCGCUCGUGCCGCGUUUCGGCACCCUGGCUGUGCUGUGGUUGAAGAGGGCGACAGCGCCGACGCCACUUCACCGGCGAAGCAGCCCAUUCACAGCGGCAGCUGCAGCCGCAGCUGCGACGCCGGUGAAGGUGCGCCGUGCCUGAUGAAGGCACGAAAAGAUCCAGCAGCAGCAGGCUCACCACUGUCGCUGGCAUCACCGACACCACCGCGCUCAGUGCUAGCACCGGGGUAUUCGUCGUUGUUCCGCCUCAGCGGUGAGCAAGGUAGCAGUCACCUCCCUCGGUGCCCUCAGCGACAGCUCCCGAUACGGCUGAGAACGCCCUUCACCAACGAUAGCACCGCUGCCGCGGCGAGCAGACCUCCUCCAUCGUCGUCGUCACCCGCGCGGCAGCCGUCAGGGGAUCUCGAUGCAUCCUUGUUGUCCCUCACGAUGGACUCCAGCCCUGCUCGAAGGCGGCCAACGAACUUGUCUCUUUACGGCACACUAUCGCAGCACGCGUUCCCGAUGCGCUGCAGCUCCCCGCACGCCUUUACAGCGCCGAUGGCGAUAGCACAUCAGCACUUCACCGGUAGUGAAGGAUCGAGAAGCUCUACAUCAACAACUCGGAGCGGGCCCGGGCCCCUCUCUCCGCUUCCGCCACUCAGCCGCAACGCGCCGUCUGGCGACUCGGCCCCAAUCCCGCCAACAGAGGCCAGGUACGACAAAUGA